ACUGUAGGUGGCGGUAUGUGCUCAUGGCUCCAGUCAGCCAUUAGACCGAAGAAGAAGAAGAACGACAGCUCAAACCAACGUAGUUUAAACGAUGGAUCUGCGACAGAGAGUCAAUGCUCCGCUUGCAGAUGGCUCGGCAGAUAUGGGACGGUGAGCGCCGAUUCUCUGAAUCUGCUUCGGGAAAUGAGUGGACAAUAUCCUGAGAAUGUCAAGAUGCAUUUUCCGGGGACCCUGUACAACUUGAUAGACAAAGCUGAGGUGGAGGACCAGGUGAGGUUUCUUGUCUUGACCUUGGAUCAUAUCAUCAAUCUCAUGGAUGCCUCAGAGCACAUGAAUUCAGCUAAAUGGAACCUAAAGAAAGUGGAAUAUUUCCUAGAAGACCUGCAACGGCAGUCAUCUGAGCUUAAAGAAUGCGUGGCCCAAUACCAAAAGCCAUUGCAAAAGGAGUCUUACGAGAUCAGGAUAAAAAGACACUUCAGGACUUUAAAGAAGAUUUUAAAGAAAGAAAAAUAUAGUGCUCAAGCAUGGGAACAGAUCCGGAGAGCUGUGAGAAGCCACCUUCAGAGGAUGGACAUCAUCGCAAACAAUGCUAAAAAAAGAGUUUAAGAGACAAUGUCAGAAAAAGUCCUAAUGACAGAAAAAAAAAAUUCUGACUUGUAGCAUUCCAUAGAGAAAAAAAAGUUACAAAAACUGCCUUACAAACAAAAACUGGAAAAAGAAGAAUGUUAAAAAUGUAUUUGUGUAUUCGAAUGUUUGUAUGUAAUUGCAAUGAAUGAAGCCUAGAGUGUAACCUAGAGUCACUUAUGUUGACCAAUGGGUAGUGCUUUAAUACAGAGUUUACCUUAUGUGUUUCCUAUGAAAACUUGAAGUUAUUAGAUCAAACAAGGUAAUUAUGUUUCUUACAAAAACCUGUGAAAACUUUUCUAUUUGGUUUAGAUGAGAAGAAGCCUCUUUGCCUAAACUGUACUCAGAUAUUUUGCUAACUAAAUGAAAAAAGUGCUAUGCAUUUCAGAUCAUAUGUAUUAACUGUCAGUCAGCCAUGUGAUGCACAUGCAUGUUGGGUAUGUUUCAUAAUUGUUUAAAGUAUAUUGAAAUCGAUUAAUAUAUCUUUGUGCACAAUUUUAUAUCCCAGUAUAUUUAUUGUUUUCAUAUUUAAUAUUAUUUAUAGUUAUUUAUUUGCUGUAACUGUCAUAAAAUGUUUUGUACUUUCAAAUAAAAAUUAUUUAUUGAAA